UGAGCACACCCAGUCUUCCUUACCAGUUUUCCCUCGUUGAGGGAGGAGAGUUUAGCUCUAAUAGUUGGUAUGGAGCCAUUGAGCGUAAAGAUUUCUGUUUGGUGUGCAUACUGGGAUUUUUAUUUGUAGCAAUGGCUGGCCUUCUUGGAGGAGGAGGAGGAGGAGGUCAGCAGCAACAAGGAGGAGGAGGUCAGCAGCAACAAGGAGGAGGUGUAGCACCAGCUCAACAGCAACAAGGAGGAGAUGCACUGAUAUUACUAGCCCAGCAACAGCAACCAGGAGCUAAUGAACAAACCAAUGGACAACAAGGAGAGGAGGGACAAGAAGGACAGGAGCAACAAGGGCAGCAUGAGGAAGGACAAGAAGAGCAAGGAGAAGGAGCUGAGGUACAAGGAGAAGGAGACCAGCCACAAGAAGAAGAGAUACAGACAGGACCAGAGGAAGGAGGGGACCAGUCUGGGGAACUGCAAGGAGAAGGAGGAAGCCAACAAAGAGGAGAGGAACAGAGGGAGCCACUGGAACAAGGACUGGAAAAACAACUGGAAGGAGGAGGGAUACAGGAGGAAGAAGGAGUUAAUGAUCCUGUCCAUAAUAAUGAAGCUACUCCAACUGUAGAGUCUUGUUCUAAUAUUAAUACUGAUGUACAGAAGAGUAUGAAAUAUGCUGGACUGGUUUACUAUGAGGAGAAAGGUGUAGAGGAUCUAGUGACAUUCACUGCUGCUAAAAAAUUGGAUGCACUCAUUCAAUUUAUUGAGCGGAAACACUCUCAAGCUGAGAUUGGACCAGAUAUUUCCUUUUGUUUCAAGUUUCCUUAUGAUCACAUUGAAUUGAACUUCACUGCACCCCAGGAUGAACCAAUCACUGGUUGGAUGGUCAAACCUCACACCAAACCCAGCAGAUUAUAUCAAGAGGCUGUUGAUAAAUUUGGUGAUAAAGAACAUUGUCGUCCUUCAUCUUGCCUUAUUUCAGUUUAUGGAUCACCUGAUGCUGUCCCUUUUCUUAAUUAUUCUGUACCACUAGUAGGUGUAUUUGAGCCU